CAUGGCUGCCGCAGACCAAGAACCCCACGUCAGCGCAGUUCGUCCUCGUUCCUACCAAGACGAGAGCUAUCUGCACGGGUUUCUUGGUACUGUGGACGACUUACAAGAGACUGGGGUACUGCAGGAUGUCGUCCUCGAAGUCGAGGGCCGGCGGUUUCCCUGCCAUCGGCUUGUUCUGUCCGCGGCCAGCCCCUACUUCAGGGCCAUGUUUACAAGUGACAUGGCGGAAAGUCGUCAGAAGACCGUUGUUUUACAGGGCUUGGAUGCAGGUAUGUUUGGGGAGAUCCUGAGUUACAUCUACUCGGGAACCCUCCAUGUGUCCCUGGACAAAGUGCAGCCCCUGUACCAGGCAGCCGACCUCCUUCAACUGGACUAUGUGAGAGACACCUGCAGCAGCUACAUGGCCAUGAACGUGGAGCGCUCCAACUAUCUGGACCUGUACAAGUUUGCUGAUGUCUUCUUUGUGGACAAUGUCAGGAAGUGUUGUCUGCAGUCGAUCGCCAAACACUUUACUGAGGUUGCCUCCAGUGAGAAGUUCUACAGCCUGAGUGUGAAUCAGCUGACUGAGAUCAUCAGCCACGAUGAAUCCAAUGAGUUCCUCUUCAUGAACCCUCGGGAAGAGAAAUACAUCAGCUGCAGCUACGAUCUCCCCCGGUUCCAGGACAUGACAGUCACCAGUGAUAAUGACAUCUAUAUCCUGAAAACUACAAAUAAGUUUCAACUGUCCCUGUUUAAAUACAACCAUGAAGAGAACGUAAGAGAGGAAUUGCAUCGCUACGACCCAAGCCAGGACCGGUGGAACGAGCUGACCCCAUCAACCACCAUGCUUGAUGUCUUCACAGCCGUUGCCAUGGGAACAGAGAUUUUCUGCACAGAUAUGGGCUUCAGUCAGACUAUUGUGUACGACACAGAGUCAGACACCUGGCAGAAACUGCAAGGCUGGCCGAACCCGGGUCUGCUGAUGCCUGGAGAGGCUUGA